AUGUAUUAUAGCUGGCUACCGCUUCUCUUCAUCCCAACCAACGCAUCACCACUCUUCAUCGUUUCGUUCGUCGCCUUAACAUACAUCAUCCACCGACCAUGUGUCUACUGCUCGGCUCUGCUGUUGAUUCUCUUCGUAUCAUCUUGCCACUGGUCAGACCGUUGUAUAUUUGAUCUCCGAAGCAACUGGUUCGCCCCGCGGUACAGCUCGGAAUCUAGCGACUACAGUGCUAUAUCGGGCAACAGCUCCUCCAUUGCGGUACCGAGUGAUGGAAUGGCAGAGUUCGUUUUCGAUACAGUCAACUCUACCACCAAGGCUCUGGCCGGUGCUGCUAUGGAGAGUGUGCAACAACGACUCGCUCUUAAUGGAUUAGAAUCGAGACCCGACGAGUGGACUGGAGUUGGGCUAGAAUGGAUGCGCAGUCUCCUCGGAAGACGGGAGUGGACUCUCCCAUGUGUGGAUGUGAAGGUCCGGCUUUGA